CGUUUUAAGAAGUGCGCCUAUCACUUCCGGGUUGUACUGUCCUGCUUAGCGGCGUGCUUGUUGGUUUUGUUUAGCCUAAGUGAGUGUGUUUAAACUACAACGAUAAAUGAUAGAAUGAGUUCUCAAAAGGGAAAUAUAUCUCGAUCGCGAGGCCAGAAGCAUCAAAACUCGACUGCCUUCAAAAAUGAUAAACAUGGAGCGAGUUUACAAGUGAAGAAGGCAAAUUCAAAGAUCCACGAUGGGCUUUGUCAGCACUGUAAGGGUGUUCUCGAGUGGAAAGUCAAGUACAACAAAUACAAGCCCCUAACCCAGCCCAGAAAAUGUGUGAAGUGCUCUCAAAAGACAGUGAAAGAUGCAUAUCACAUAGUCUGUAAGCCCUGUUCGCUCCAGCUGGACAUCUGCUGUAAGUGUGGGAAGAAAGAGGAUAUUAUUAUUCCGAUAAACUCACACUCAGACAACAGAGAAGAAGAGGAACUGACAAAGAAAGGACGAAGACAACGAAAAAAAGACGUAGAUGAUCUUGAUUGUGAUGAUGAGGAUUUCUUUGCUGGUCUUGAGGAUGAAGAAGAAGAAGACGUUGACAGUGACAAAGAAAAAUAAACAGAACAAAUCCGCCACAUUC